UAAAAUUAGAUUAAAUCGUCUAAGCGUUUAAACUGGCGAUAAUUGUACCAGUUUUACACAAGCGUCACUUUGACACCGAGCUUUCUCCACGUCAAGCUUGUCGACUCUUCAUCAGCAAUAGAAGCCGGGUGUUUACAUGAUGGACGGGGGAAUUUUGGAGCCAUCCCUGUAUUCUGUGAAAGCUAUUGCUAUUCUGGACAAUGAUGGAAAUAGACUGAUAACAAAAUAUUAUGAUGAACAGUUUCCAACUGCCAAGGAACAGAAACAAUUUGAAAAGAAUCUGUUUGGAAAAACACACAAAGCAAAUUCUGAAAUCAUCAUGUUUGAGGGCCUUACCUGUGUAUACAAGAGUAACGUAGAUUUAUUCUUCUACGUUGUCGGUAGCUCACAUGAAAAUGAGCUGAUACUGGCCAGUGUUCUGAAUGCUCUGUACGACUCCAUCAACCAAAUUCUUCGUAAGAAUGUGGAGAAGCGAUCACUACUGGAGAAUCUUGAUGCAGCCUUCCUCGUUGUGGAUGAAAUUUGUGACGGAGGAAUCGUCCUGGACUCAGAUGCCUCCUCCAUAGUUCAGAAGGUGUCCAUCAGGAGUGAGGACACCCCCUUAGGAGAACACACCAUGUCCCAGAUUAACAAAAAGCUGGAGGUUUUACAAAGUGCAAAAGAGCAGAUAAAAUGGUCACUCCUGAAAUGAAGCAGCCAAGUCAUGUGACAUUUUUUUUCUCCAGUAUUACUGUACUGGAACAGUUCCACCUGACAUGGAAAUUAGAUUUUCAAAGCAGGGACUAAAUAUCAAGUGCAUAAAUUGUGUUGUAAUUAACUCAGAAAGCGACUCUGUAAUCACAGAAGGUCGUUUACUGCAAGAAAAAUAAAAGUCAGCCAUUUUUUAGAAAAUAUAGAUCAUGAAAAACAUUUGCAAUUGUUACAUAAUUUAUCUAAAGCUAUAGACAGGGCACACUGAUUCAUGUACAUAUUAUGCAUAUAACUAUAUUGAACAUGUUGCAUUUUUAUGGUUUUAUGGGUUAAUGCAAGUUUUUGUGCAGACUAAAGGGUGAAAGUACUUUAUAUGUGUAUGUGGCAUUGAGAGAGUGUUAGAAAAAUGUUUGUGGUAUUUAUGAAAUCAUAUUUCUAUUCAAUUAAAUCUACUGAAUAUGUA